AUGAGCGUGACCAUGACCGAUCGCGAGAACGAUUCUACGUACGGCACGAGAAGGCGACGUUCGCGCCCUUCUAACGUGCCGGUAGAGGGAGGCAAAGUUUUGGCGUCAGUGCCGACGCUAUUGAAGAUCAGGCCGAAGAGAGAGCUGUGGAGCAAGUACAGGUUCCGUGAUAGCGACGAGGAAGACGAGGGAUAUGACGAGGAGGACGGCAGGAGCGACAAAGAAAACCAAGUCCGCUCACCUGCAGCAGCAUUGCAAUACGACAACAGCAACGAUACCCGCGUUGAAGAACCAAUCCUUCCGGCUCCCAUAACCGUCACCAACAUCACACAUCCAACGCCGCGCACCCUCUCCACCACUUACAAUGAAGGCAACCUGCGUAACCACCCCACCUACUGGCGGGCCCACUUGCCUGGCUUCUCCCCAACUCAAGGCCAAAGUCAAGUCCUUCUUCCACACCGAGACCCCGCUGACCAGCACCGAAAUUUGCCUUCAGGAGGCUCCGUGAGAAACAAAGAUCGGAACUCCUCGUCACUACCGCACGAAGGCAGUUAUGAUACAGUUUCGACUACGAUAGUGACUGGUAAGCAAAGGCGUCCGGCGGCAGAAACAGCAACGCGCGCCGGAACCGAUAUCGGCACUGUCGCGCGUCUGCGUCGCUUCUUUUCGACGCGGGCUAAAGUGAUGAAGGCAGACCAGAGGAGGGAAAGGGCAGCAGCACUGAUCAAGGAUGAGGGCGAAGGGCAACCGUCAAUGGAGGCAAUGGGGGCGGUAAUUGCUGGGGCGGAGAAGAGGGAGCAGUCGGUGAUCGAGAGGGUUGUUGGCAGUGGCGGUGAUAUUGCUGCAUCACCGCCGUUGAGCAGUGCUAAUCGCGGAUCGAUCGGCUCACAGAGCAGCGGGGACAGCAUCGCAGAUGUGAUGGACUGUGCAAGCAGCUUGGUGGCCGAGGUGAGCGGGAUAACAGCGGAUAUGAGUGCGGAGGUGGGUGGAGGGGAAGAAGGGGCACCGCCACUGAUCAUGACGCCGGAUGCCGAGAAGCUGCGAAGGCAACAACAACGACAACAGGGCAUGCUGCGGACUUCUCGCCGAUUACAGAGAAAGAGCAUUGAUCCAUGGCAAGGUCGUUCAACAAGAUUCAACAUUCCGGGGAAUGCGUUGCGCGUGCCAGCGGACUCGUUGGUUGGCCACGCUGUGAGAGUCUUGACGCGCUCAGGGACAUGGCGUAAGAGCGGCAGAGACUCGCUGUUCAACGCGUGCAAGCGGUACAAGAGCGAGCCCGAUUUGUCUCGCUCAGAGGGUCCGGCGGUGAAGGCAAUUGCGCAGAUGUGGGCGAUGAGGAAGGGCCCGAGCGGCCCCAGUCCGCUAGCGUUGAGGGUGCUGCAAUGGGUGGUGGAGAAUGAAGGCUACGGUGCUGCCGCUCUUGGGAGGACGUGGGAGGGGGAGCACAUUGAUGAUCUACCGUUGGUGAAAGCUGGGUGGUUCAGUGCGGUCACUGUUCGAGAGCAGAUCAGGUUGAUGGCAGUCAAGGAGCAGAUGCAGGAUGAAUGGGAGGAGAGAGUGUGGGCGGAGACACUGGGGAAGGAGAAGAAGGAUGGUGGAGAUGAGGAAGAGACGAGAAGUGUGUGGAGUACAGAGUCGGUUUCCGACUCGGUGCUUUACAGGAUGCGAGGGAGUAACGGGUCCAGACAAGGCAUCUUCCUUAAGGACUUUGACGAUCCAACGAUGAGGUUCAAAAUUGAGGAGUAUCAGGCGCAGGUGGAGGCGUUGAGAGCAGAGAGGGAAGACCGUGUGAGUCUGGAUGCUAUGGGUAAUGACGAUUGA